ACAGUCCUUGAUGGUCGAGCUUCUUCCACCCAUUGGACGACUAGUAAGAUAGCUAUUAGUUCAGUAGUGAAAACGGAAGCAAAAUCAGAAGUCCUUUUUUGGAUAUUUAUUUGAAAACUUUGCACAUACUGCUGAAGCUGUACACCCCGAUAUUGGGUCCUUAGAUCCAUCUGUAUACACUUGGAUCAUUGAAGAGUACCUCAUUCAGAUACUGUUGUACAAAACUUUCCUCAGGAAUAGACAUUUCAUUUUUAAAUUGAUGCAAAUAAAGAUCAACUAUAUAGGCACGGGAAAUAACCAUGGAGGUACAUUAGGCACAGUUACAGUUGGACUAACUUCAAUUUGGAUAAUACCCAAAUUUGUAGCAUCCUUAUUUGCUGUCCAAUCAAAACGUCUGAUAUUAUUUUUCCCACAUUCCCAGCAUUCCUUAUAUCCUUAACUGGAUGACACUCUGAAUGGCCUUUUAAACUAACCCAAUAACUCAUUGUCAACUGUAAUCUCUGUAUACAAAUGGGCAUUUCUCCUACUUCUACUUGUAAUGCUGAUACUGGAGAGGAUCAAAAAGCUUGCACUACUUCUAUUUUCUUAAGCAAGGAUAAAGACGCAGAUCCAUAUAUUAUACAUCCAUAAUCCAACACUGAUCUUAUCAGUGCUUUAUAUAUACGCUGCAAGGAUUUUCGACUUGCGCCCCAUGUAGGCGGGGUUUGUGGAGGGGCGUGUGUCUUAAACUGUGACGUUAUGAAUGGGCGUAUUGAAGCGUAAAAUGCAAUUUAUUUUAAAGAACAUAUAGCAUGUUUAGCCUUGUGUGUAAAUAUUAAGGAUGUUUUAUUUUUAUCACCCUAUUAAACGUUAGUUAUACUCAAACAUACUUACAGUGUGUCUCAGAUUUAUCUGGUUGUCCUGACAAAAAGGAAAACUGCCCCUACCUAUACUGUAAAAACUCCUUACCUUAAAGGUGUAGCAGAUGAUUUUCUCGAAUUUUAGAAAAGAACCGCCUUCUCCACUUUUUAAAAAAAUGCAAUUGCGGAAUACUCCUGAUUGACAACUAAGAGGACCAAUAGUCUUGAUGAUCCACCCGGAAAAAGAAAAUCCUCCGCAAUACCUUUAAUGUUCAUAAUAAAAGGUUAUUGUUGGCUAUUGCAUAAUUGUGUAAAUAGGAUUAUAAAAUACAGCAGUGUUGCUUAUGCCACAGGAUGUAAGUACUGUAUAGUGGUUUUCAUAUAUGUGUGAAUUGCUAUGCUGCUAAAGAGCCGCUGGCAUUCAAGUUGUUUUGUUCACACCACAAAUGUUUCCAGUGGUUUUUAUGACUGUCGACAUGGGUAUGUUUUUUUUGUAAGCUACACACAUGGUUUCUAUGAUUUUGUUAAUUAAAAUUUAUAUUUUUAAAUAAAUUUAAAGGAGCAGAUGCUGUAAACAAACUUGACUGCUGAUAUUGAAAAUGAAUUAAUUUUAAUUUCUGUCCUUCAGUACAUCUCGUAUUUUUUUUGGUUUUAAAUAAACAGCUUUCCGGUCCAGAUGCCAUAACACAUCAGUUCCUUGAAGUUUAACAUAAUGUUAAUAAUUUUGUCGGUAUGAGCAUUAAACUAUUAUGUGGUUGUCAAACUAAACUAAAUUGAUAUUAAAAUGUUGAGGCAUGCAUUUGGCAGAUGCUUUUCCUAUAGCAACAAUGCAUUCAAAGUAUUUAGUUUAUCAUCCUGUUUGUUCCCUGUUAUUAUCAGUGAUACAAUGAUAACAAAAAAGUUUAUUUUUAAAUUGUAAAGAUGAUCACUUAAAAAAUGCUUAGAUGCCAACCAAAUGAAUAUUAAUAUCAGAUGUGUAAUUAUCAUAUCAAUGUGUAUAGUGUAAGUUGUAUAGUUUUUGAAAAGAAGAAAAGUUUACAGUAGGACAGUAAAACAUCUGAUCUGAAUGAGACACAAAUUCCCAUCUUAUAGGAAAUCAAAUCCUUUUAGCAGAAAUACCUCCCCACCAGAAUGAACCAAUCACAUCACAUCUGACAUUUACUUUGAAGACCCCUAUUCACUUUCAAUUUCUCAUAGAGAUGGAGCGAAAUACCAUUAUCACACUUGUGUGUGUUUGGUUCUGUGCAUAUCAAAGAAUCUUUGGGACAGAAGUGAAGAUGAAAGUAAAACCAGGAGACAAUGUCACUCUUUUUUGUGAUUGUGUCAUACCACUUAGUUUCUUAAUUGUUUGGUUUAGAAACUGCUCACAUGAAAAUCAGCCAUCACUUUUGAUAAAUGCCGAACACUUUUUCAAGGGGACCUAUCCAUGUUUUAACUUUGUGCACAACAGCACCAGUAACUCUUAUGAUCUACAUAUUAAAAACAUCAGCGUAUAUGAUGAAGGAAUCUAUUACUGUGCAAAAGAAGAAAAGAAAAUAAGUGGCACCCGAAGCUCAAGGUUUGAGUACCAGUAUGGAAACAGAAGCACUCAUCUGACUGUCUUGGUGUCUGGCCGAAGUGAGAUGUCCAGCAGCACCGUCUCUCCUCCUCCUCCUGUAUCAGACUGUUUCCUCUGCUGGACGCUGCUGGUCAGUGUUUGUGGUGUGUGUUUUUUCCUCUGCUUCAUAUGUGUGUACUGCCUCUGUCAGAAGAAAACUACAGAUGCCAGAACGGAUCACAAAGAAAAGAUAAACAGGGCUAGUAGAAAUAGCUUUGAGGGUGAUGAUGAAGAAGUGUCUUAUGCUUCCUUGGAUGUGAAAACCAGAAGACAGAAACAACUCAAGAAGAAACAACAGCAGACUUCUGACUUCAGUUUUUAUGACCCAGUCAGAACAGACACAGUACAGAACUUCUGAUGAACUUUCUGAUGGUUAGAAAAGAUCCAGGUGCUGUUAAAUUUGAAAAGCUAUAACAAUAAAUUUCAGGUAUUGCAGUUUAAAGGAUGUAGAACUCAUAAGUCAUGUUUGAUCGUCAGUGCUUACUACAUCAUCCUCCAAUAUAUUGCUUUUGUGUCUCUUAAAGGGGCCAUGGCAUGAAAAUCUGACUUUUCCAUGUUUAGGUGCUAUG